GGAAUAUACGCCAUUGGCGCAUCAUACAUAUUGAAUGUAAUCUAAAAUGAUUCGUGAUAAUAUGAUAGUCGAUAGACAUAUAGAAAAUAUUACCAUUUAUUGAUAUUCAUCGACUGAAUCACACUGAACUCGACAUUAAAUGGUCAUCAAAUCUUCAUGGCGCUAAAGUCUGAUUUUAUUCAAAUUUGAUCAUGAAUUUUGUUUGCACUGUGAACACAACAUUGGAAUUUCGGCACACAAAAAACACACCUUCAUUCAUACAUGUCAUAGAUUUUGAUCCACACAAUUCUGUGUACACAAACACUAUAGGUAAUUCCUUAGCUUUCUACGAUAUUCACGUACAAUUCUAGCGUUGGCAUUAGAAUUCCAAUUGAUGCUUCGGUAAGUAAAUAAUUUGCAUAUGACAAAUACUGUUUCUUCCUCUUCUUCUUCCGUACUCAAUAUGAUUUUGCGUGAGAUAUGAAGUGAAGAAGAGGAUUACAGAGAAAAAUCAACAACGGCAAGCUUAAGCGUGUCAAUUAUCAACUUGUAAGUGAACACGCAAUUCAAAAAAUGAAAUAAAAUAAAAAGAUACACUAGCAACCAAUUUACUGCAAAGUCAAAUUGAAAAUUCGUUAACAAAAAUAUACUUGAAAUUAAUCUUGCGACAUACUGACAAAAAUAGUAAAUAAUCGGUAAAAUACAUCGAAGUAAAAAUUUAUUGAAUUUAAAUGUUUGGUUAAAUUUUUGGCUUCAGCUUUUUUUUAAAUAUGUUUAUGGAAUUUACGAGCUGGUGCCGCCAGUAUUACAAAAUAUCUGCUUUUAUUUUGCUUUAAAGCCAGCCAGCUCGUAUUUUAAAACGAAAAAUGACAAAGGCAGCGGUUAUUGGACAAGCUGGAUUAUUAUUAUAAUGAGCAAACCAUAAGCGGCGUAUUAUUGUGUAAUAUAUUUUUUGGGUGAACAUGGACCAUUUUGAGAUUAUAUCUGAGCGUGUAUAUCAUUUUUCUAAUGUGUUUCUAUUUUUAUGUUAUUUGUUUGCGAAGUCUAAUGGAAAGAUCUGAAAUUUAUUAAAAAGACAAUUUAAUGGCAUUAAAUUGGUACUUAAAUGUAAUCAGUGUCAUGAAAACGAUUGAAAAUGAUCCGAAUGCCCUUGCAAUAGAUGUACUAUAAAAAGGCAUCUUCUUUCCUGUAGAACAUCAAUUGUAUUUUGGAUAGUUUAAACGAAAUACACGCACUCAACAUUCAAAGACUUCGGGAUAGGAUUUGGUCUGGCAAAUAGUUGGUGAUUUUUUUUUCCUUCUUUUGGUGCAUAAAUUGUCUUGGUCUAUUUGAACGGUGAAAAUUUUCCAUUGUUAAGAAAAAUGGUGUUAAAAUUGAUCAUGUUCUGUUUAGUGAUAAGUGUAGUUUACAUCGAAUGGGCAUCGGCCGAUGGAGAUACGCCCAAAACACAUGGCUACGAUACGAAAUAUGAUAACAUCAAUUUGGACGACCUACUCAAAAAUGAUCGUUUGCGAAAAAAUUACGUUAAAUGUUUAUUGAACGAAGGACCGUGCACACCAGACGCAACCGAAUUGAAAAACUCACUUCCAGACGCGAUAGCCACCAAUUGCUCAAAAUGCACCGAGAAGCAAAAAAAUGGCUCCGAAAAAGUGACACACUUUCUAAUUGACAAUGAACCAGAUGAGUGGGAUCAAUUGGCGGCUAUUUACGAUAAGGACGGUGAAUACAAACAAAAAUACAUUGCAUCGAAGGUGAUGGAAUCGACAGUGGCGACCGUUAAAAAUGCCGAUGGCAACGAGGAAAAUGCCAAAAAUGAACGAAAUGAACAAAACAACGAUGAAAAUAAAAAUGAAUAACACUUCGAUUCGACACAUUUAGAAGCAUAGAAACAAGCAUCACAACACGGAAUACGAACUUUAACCAUUUGAUUUACAUGAAAUUUGUUUGAUUUUGUAGAAACAGAAUACGCACCAGCAAAUAAAUGGUCAAAAAAUAUGAAUAAAAACACAAUUAA